AUAAUCUUUUUCAAUAUCAACCAAAGCCAAAGACAAAUCUACUUUAAACUUCUAAAGUUAGAAAAUACUAUGGCUUCUAAGAGAACUACUUCCCUUGCUCUUUUUGUCCUUGUGAACCUUCUUUUUUUCACUCUUGUGAGUGCAUGUGGCACUUGUCCUAGUCCUAAACCAAAGCCGAAGCCGAAGCCAAAGCCAAAGCCAACCCCGAGCCCUAGCUCAAAAGGCAAGUGCCCUAUUGAUACACUAAAAUUAGGUGUUUGUGCUAAUGUUCUUGGAAAUGUGCUUGGAGUUGUACUUGGAAAUCCUCCAAAGAAACCUUGUUGCUCUCUAAUUGAAGGACUUGUUGAUCUCGAGGCUGCUCUUUGUCUUUGCACUGCCAUUAAAGCAAAUAUUCUUGGGAUUAACCUUAAUGUCCCUCUUUCUCUAAGCCUUCUUCUUAAUGCUUGUGGCAAAAAAGCUCCAUCUGGCUUUCAAUGCCCUAAGUGAACAAACAAACAAUAACUACUACGUCUCAGUCCCAAAUAAGUUGGGGUCAACUAUAUGAAUCUUCGUUCCGUCACUACUAUAUAGUUUGAUUUGAGUUUUUUGGAUUUUUAUUUUGUUUUGCUUAUGAGCAAUGUUCUAGUGUGUGGUAACUUCUUGUUUCCUUUGUAGCUUGAAAUAAGUAAUUCCUAUUUGUAUUUCCUAAUGUACUUUUUGUACUUCACAAUAUAUAGAAGUCUAUUUUGUGGCAAGGGUUA